AUGCCUACCCCAGUACUGAAACACGCUGCAGUCGCCUGUGCGGCAGCUCUCUUCGGAGAUGAGAAUGACGAGUACGCCAAAGCCAGCCUUGAAAUCGGUCACAGACGUGCUGCCCUUGCAAUUUCAUCACUGCGAUCAUUCCAAAUAUCAAACGAGCAAGACGUAGCCACACUACUCAUUCUUGGUGUUGCAAUGGUUACAUUUGCAAUGCAUGUAUCUGACGGUCAAGCAUCUUUGAUCUCACAUUACACCUUGAGUCUUAUUAAGCCACUGGCUCAUACCAUGUAUACAAUGCACUCCUCUUUGAUCGACUACUGGAUGUGCUUGGUGUGCACUGAGACCUCGGAGUGUCUGUUGAAGUCUGAGGUUCCAAGUAUGAGAGUCGAUCCUUGCAAGCGCACGCACGAGGUUGAUCGUUAUCUCGGUUUAAGCUCGUCGAUAUUCGCACACUUGUAUGAUAUCUGCGAGGCUGGGAACUCCCUCAAAAAUGCGUCCAUGGCAACAGCUGCAAACGUUAUGGAGCGCUUGGCUUUUAUCAAAGUUGCGGUGGAGCAGUGGCAUACAAACCCUCCUUCCAACUUCCUUGAUCAAUAUACCCAAGUUGAAGUGGUCAGUAUGCUUUCUCAAGCGAAGAUAUUUCGCUUCGCUGCUUUACUGAUAAUUCAUCGCCUACAAUAUCCUUAUGGCGAACAAGACCGGGAGGCUUAUGUGCUAAGUCGUGCUAUUAUUGACGAGUUUGAUAUGGUUCUUCAAAUUGCUCAACGCUCCGUUCCAUGUACCACGCUUCCCUAUCUCGCCGCUUGUUUUGAGAUCAUAGUAUCAGAUUCCAGGGACGCGGCCGUCAAAAAAAUGAAGGAUAUUGUCACGUUCUCCAGACAAUCACGCGUCCUAUUUGAGAAAACCUUGAGCUCGGUCUGGGAAGCAAGAGAUCAUGGAUAUCAUUUUCACUGGUUUGAAAUUGGUCGAUAUGCGGCUAUAGGUGCACCUGGAAAAUGA